UCAAUAAUAAUAAUCUCUGUCACGUCAUGUGAAUCCUAUUGUCAGUGUCAGUCAACUGUCACUCGAUAUUUAUUUGGACUUCAUUUUUAAGGUUAUAAAAUAAUCAAAAAGUAACAAUAUUGUGACAAAAUAUUUUGAGUGCAUACAAUCUAUAAAAUUUCUAUCUAAAAUGGCAUUUCUUCCUGUGACCCACGUGCUUUUCGAUAUGGAUGGUUUAAUAUUGAAUACAGAAGACUUGUACACAGUGGCAUUUCAAAAUAUUGUGUCACAGUUUGGCAAAAAUUACACUUACGAUUUGAAACUUAAACUGAUGGGGCUUCAAACACAUGAAACUGCCAAAAUGGUAAUAUCUGAACUUGAGUUACCAAUGAGCACUGAAACAUUCAUAGAGGAAAGUAAAAAGCAAUUUGAAAUACUAUUUCCUGACACGCAACUGAUGCCAGAUACGGAAGAUCUGUAUACAGUGGGAUUCCAAAAAGUGGCUUCACGGUUCGGCAAGGAGUUUACAUUUGAAUUGAAAAGUAAAAUAAUGGGUCAGCAGAGCAAAGAGUUUGCGGGGACUAUUAUCGACGACCUUGGCUUGCCGCUCACUGUUGAUGAGUUUUUGUCGGAGACGCGAGCAAUUUUCGAUGAAUUAUUUCCUCAGUGCCAGAUUAUGCCUGGAGUGGAAAAACUCAUCCGCCAUCUUCACGAUCACAACGUCGGCAUAGGACUGGCGACUAGCAGCAGUAAGGAGUCCUACGAUUUGAAGACUGUCAACCAUCAGAAGUUAUUCGACCUCUUUCCAUGCAAGACUUGGGGGACUUCUGAUCCUGACGUGAAGAAAGGCAAACCUUACCCAGAUAUAUUUUUCGUUGCAGCCAACAAGUUUCCUGAUAAACCUGCACCUGAGAAGUGCCUAGUAUUCGAGGAUUCCAUCAACGGCGUGAAGGCUGCGCGCGCGGCGGGUAUGCAAGUGGUGAUGGUACCGGAUCCGCGGCUUGAUCGUGCGCGGGCGACGGAAGCCACGCUCAUAUUAGACUCUGUUGCCGACUUCAAACCAGAACUCUUUGGAUUACCACCUUAUAAGAAUUAGAGUUAAUAAUUGUAGGUAAAUUGAUUAUCUCAAUUUUGUGUAGUUACUUAUUUUGAAUAAUUUAUUAAGAGUAUUUAAAAUAAACUGCCAUACAUUGUUUUUUUUUGUGGAUAGCGCAAAUAGUACGUAUAUUUUAAACUGUGUUGAUACUUCAAAUAAUAGGUUCUCAAAAAUAUUGUGGAACAUUGCUGUUAUACCAUGCGGUGAAAAUUAUAUUGUGUAUAUUUAGUUAAUUAUGUAUAUAAUGUGGAUAUUGUAAAAACUAUAUUGGAAUGUUGGAAUAAAACGUCAUAAUGGUGCUGUGAA